UAAAGCUAGCCCUUGACGAGCAAGAGCGGCCGUGUGGCCGCUUGUGAUGUUCUUUGGCUCGCUGCCGGCACAGCGGCCGUUCCCACACACAGCGCGGGCCCGGAGCGCAGCCGCGGUGGCGGGCCCCGGCCGGGGCGUCCCCGCGGCCACCUCCGCUUCCCGGCCGCUGUCCCGGGAAAGCCGCUCUGCUUCCGGCGCCCGUAACUCGCAGUUCGGCGGCCGGGCUGGAGCCGUGCCCAGCCCCGGAGAGGAAAGUCUGAUUUGCAUGGGGGGCCGGGCCUGACGUCAGGCGGAGCAGGAAGCGGCGCUCGGAGCCGCCGGGGAUCGCGGGCCGUGCCGGGCUGCCAGGGCAGUCCCCGGGGCAGAGGAGGCUCCGGGGGCGAAGAGGACAGGCCGGUGAGCUGCCCGUGGCCGGCGGGGCGGCGAGGGCUGUCCGGACGGGCACGGCGCGGCCAUGGCCCUGCCGCAGCCGCCCCUCGCCCCCCGGGCGGGCUCGGCCCCGGCGCUCUACAUCCACAGCAUGCCCGCCUGGGUGCUGGAGGACUUCUGCCAGAAGAUGGACUGCUUGAGCGACUACGACUGGAUGCGGUUCGCCUCCUAUGUGAUCACUGAUCAAACAGAGCUACGGAAAAUCAAGUGCAUGGAGAAGACGGGGAUCAGCAUCACGAGGGAGCUCAUGUGGUGGUGGGGAGUGAGGCUGGCGACAGUGCAGCAGCUCCUGGACCUGCUGCAAGGGCUGCAGCUUUACCGAGCAGCUCAGGUCAUCCUGGACUGGACAUCAGCCUCUGGCAUCUCCCUCCCUGAGAAAGAAGAGCCAGAGCCACCCAAACAGAUGGUAUCUGUACCUGCCACAGAAGGCCAAAGGAGCGACAAAGAGAGUGCCCUAAGUUUGUUGCCAUCCCCAGACUCCUCACAGCUGGGAGCAGCCCCUUCAGGCAUUUCAGGUGCUGUUUGUGAAGGAGCCUUGUAUUCCCUCCCUGCUCCACCACCUCCCCCGAGAGACCUUUUGAAUUCCCUACAGUCCAAUCCUCCUGUUCUAUCGAGUGUGAAGCCUUGCAGCUCUUCUGCUCCUCAGCAGGAGACGAUGGCUGAUCUCCCGAGCGGGAGUCUCCUGUGGACCCAGAGGGAAAUUGCCAACGCCACCAACAGCUUCAGUGACAAGAACAGGAUCUGUGAAGGUGCCUUUGCAGAUGUCUACAAAGGUCAGAGGAACAACGUGGUGUUUGUCAUCAAAAGGCUCAAAGAGCUGGAGUGCACAAGCCCAAAUUCCACCCAGAGGUUCUUUCAUACGGAAGUGCAGAUUUGCUUUCGGUGUUGCCACAUAAACAUUCUGCAGCUGCUGGGGUUCUCGGUGGAAGCCGGAUCGCACUGUCUCAUAUAUCCGUACUUGCCCAACGGCUCCCUGCAGAACAAGCUCCAGUGCCACGAUGAUUCUGCUCCACUGACCUGGGAGAUGCGCAUUAGGAUUUCUUUAGGAGUUGUCAGAGCAGUGGAAUAUUUGCAUAAUUUUGGAAUUCUUCAUGGGAAUAUCAAGAGCUCAAAUGUCUUGUUGGAUGAAAACUUUACACCGAAGCUCGGGCAUUCUGGACUGCGGUUGCAGUCUUCUGAUAAAAAAUCAGAAUAUGCCAUGAUGAAAACCAAAGUCCUGCAAGCUUCUCUUUCUUACCUGCCAGAAGACUUCAUCAGACAUGGGCAGUUAACAGAAAAAGUGGAUAUAUUCAGCUGUGGUGUGGUCUUAGCAGAGAUACUGACUGGGAUUAAGGCCCUGGAUGAAGACAGAAACCCAAUUCACCUGAAAGAUAUGAUUGCAGACGAAAUUCAAACAGCAAAAGAAAGCUCAAACUCCAAAGUAAAAAAUUUGGAAAAACUGGCUGCCAAGGAAAUCUGCUGCAAAUACCUAGACAGAAAAGCAGGGCACUUGCUGGAAGAGGUGGCUGUUGAUUUUGCGUCAGCCAUCUGCCUUUGUCUGAGAAAGAAGAAUUCGAACAUAGCAGAGGUGCGUGAAAUGAUGGAAAUGGCUGAAAACAAAUUAAAAGAGCAUUACGUCUGUGGAGGCAGCACUUCUGGAUUCUCCAUGAACACUCCAGAAGAAACUGAUGAUGAGACAGCCAGUGUGAGCGUGGAUGUGCCUUCUGCAGAGGGGAACAAGGAGGAGAGCAGCCAGGCAGCAGUGCCUUCCCUGGCAGCUGUGGCACCCCACACCUGCGGCAUCUACGUGUCACGGGUCCCCUGUGAAUCAGAUGAGUCCAGCAGUUUCCUGUGGGAUCCUCCAGAAAAGCCCUCAGAGGAGUCACCCAGCCACAAGUGCAGCAGUUCAGACAGAGCAGCAGGCUGUGAUUACGGGCUCAGGCAGGGAAAGCCUGCCCAGGGACUGCAGGAGAGAAGCCUGGCGUGCGCCCGAGGCGAUGGCAUCCUGGAGCCAGCAGCUGCUGCACAGGGCACCUGCCCGCAGGGAAACAGCGACCUGGACUCUGCGUGUGCUCCUCAAGCCUUAGCCAGAGAGACGUCUUGGAAAAUACAGAUAAAUGAUCAAAAAAAGAAGCUCAUGGAAAAUAUUUUGCUGUAUGAAGAGGACAAGUUAAACAGUUCUGAACUUUUUGAAUCAUAAAUUGGAUGGAUUAAUUAGCAGUGGCCAGCUCAGAAGAAAUAAGGACUGUCUCCUCAUUAGAAAGAUGAUAAAAGUGCACUUUUCACUUACGAUUAGGUAGCAGAUUUCGAUCAGGAACACUAGCCCUGACUGAAGGAAACAAGAAGCACCACAUGGAGGAGCACCAGAAAAUACCUGUUCUCUAUCAGAUUAAGUCCCACUCUGUACACAGAAAUGCCUUCUGCCUUUCCAUCUGCAGCGUGAAUGGCAAACACAAGAAUGGCAAGCACAUAGUAAUUUGUGUUGAUUUUCAGCGUGUUUCAGGAGGCAGCUGACCCGCGGUUACGGAGCAGACGCUGACCCCUGGCAGGCAGCAAUCCCCCGAGCUGUUUUCCUCUGCCUGCAGGGACAGGAGUCCUCAGAGCCCCUCGGAGGGACAGGAGUCCUCAGAGCCCCUCGGAGGGACAGGAGUCCUCAGAGCCCCUCGGAGGCUUGCAGUGGCUCUCCUGUCCGUCCAGCCUUCCUCCACACGCUCAGACCCAGUGCAUUCCCAGAGACAGGGAUUUCUGCGCAAGUUCUCAGGAUGCUGUGCACAGCUUCACCUCGGUUUGGACCGUGCUGACCACAAGUGAAGGUAAUUAACUUCAGCCCCUUCCUCUCUGAGCUUCCCUCCACACUGACAGCACGUAAGCCCAACUUUCAGUUCACUGCUGGGAGCUCUGGGACCACGUUCAAUACUCCAUAGGGGUAUUUUUGGCAAUUAUUUUUCUCAAAGUGUCCUUUACAUGGUAAUGUUUCUCAUUGUGUUUCACGUGAUAACUGUUUGUUGUGAUAAGGCACCAAAUGAUGACACAGACACUGCUGCUCUCGAGGGGAACAAAAAAGAAGAACUUUAUUUUCUGACUCCAACAUUUAUAGUUUUCCAAAGGUGACAGUGGA